AUGUUCUUUUCCCUUGCUGGCCUAUGCCUCUUCGUUUACUAUCUCUAUGUUCGGCACCUGCCCAGACCUAUCCCGGGCGAUAUUCCGUACAACAAAGAGUCAGCACGGCGCCUCUGGGGCGACACUCCCGAGAUUCGACGGGCUCAGAAAACUGGGAAUUUCAGGCAGUUCUUCCACGACCAUAGCGCGAAGCUGCAUUCGUCCAUUACUCAGGUUUUCAUGUUCCCAUAUCCGAAGCCAUUUGUCUUGGUAACGGACUUUCGUGAAGCACAUGACAUUCUGUCGAAAAGGUAUCGAGAGUUCGAUCGGAGCAAGCGAAAUGCGGACGUUUUUGGAACCAUUACCCCAGAGUUUCACCUGGCCAUGCAGUCUCGUGAUCCGCGGUUUAAGGGAAACAAAGAACUUGUAAGGGAUCUGAUGACGCCCGGCUUCCUCAACGAAGUUUCUGCUGUGCAUAUUUACGACAUUGCCACAGUGUUGGUUGACAUGUGGGCGCUCAAAGCUGCUCAAGCUCAAGGCCAUCCCUUCUCUGCCCAUGAAGACCUCCAUUAUGUAGCGCUCGACAUUAUUCUCGCCGCAGCCUUUGGUAUUCCACUCGAGCAAUCAGUGACGGAAAAACAAUAUGAGUUCUUGCAGCUACAACCGCCUGCAAUGCCUUCGCCAAAUUCCAAGGACGAUCCGGUUGUCUACAGCCGCGCUCCGGUACCGAGUUCUCGCAUGUCGCUGAUUGAGGUCACGGGGACUGUGGCACUUGCGUACAAAUCUCCGUUCCCGCGCCUUCAUCACUGGCUCCUGCGGAAGACGAUUUGGCGCCGAACAUUUGCUGAGAAGGAAGCAUUCAUCACAAACGAGAUAAACAAAAGCGUCGAGAGGUUGACUUCCGAGAACAAGCAACAAAAUCGUAUGCGCUGUGCCAUGGACAUGAUGCUUCUGAGAGAAAUGGGCCAAGCCAAGAAGGAAAGCAGAACGCCAAAUGUCAAUGCGCCCAGGAUCCGAGAUGAGCUCUUCGGCUAUGUAGCCACUGGGCAUGACACUUCAUCCACGACGCUCUCGUGGAUCACCAAGAUCCUGGCCGACAAUCCGUCUUCCCAGGCGAAACUUCGUCGCCAAUUACACGUUGCCUUUGCAGAAGCAAAUGAAGAAAACCGCCAGCCCACGGUGGUUGAGAUCAUAGAGAAGCCAGCGCCCUAUCUAGACGCCUUUUUGGAAGAGUGCUUGCGCAUCACAAAGACAAUACCUUCCAUUCUACGCGAGACGCUGACGGAUACAACCAUACUGGGUCAUGCGGUUCCAAAGGGCACAGGCGUCAUGAUUUACAACCAUGGACCUGGAGGCCAGCUGGAAUCUGGAUUCGGCAUUCCUGAGUCGGUCAGAUCGACCACAUCACAAGACUCAAAAGACCGCGUUGGUGAGUGGAACGAGGAUGACAUUGGCCAAUUUCGACCCGAGCGUUGGCUCCAACGAAAGACUGGAGCGCAAGAGUAUGGGGAUGCGCAAGGCGAGUUUGAUGAACUCGAAUACAACGCCUAUGCUGGGCCUUUCUUGACGUUUGGUGGCGGACCUCGAGGCUGUUUUGGCAAAAAGUUGGCGUACAUGGAGCUGAGGAUCGUAUUGGCAAUGCUUGUCUGGAAUUUUGUAUUCGAAGCUUGUCCCCCCGAACUCAGCUCCUACGAGGGUAUCGACACGGCGACUGUGGUGCCAAAGCAGUGCUUUGUGAGGCUGAAACAGCUACUUUGA